GCAUUGUUUUGAUUACCAAGGUCAAAGUUUACGCACACCCAAAACAUGGACUCGUCGAUAUUGUAAAGCGUGCUUCUUCUUGAGUGGGAAAUUGAGGCAUAAAGUUACAACUUUCAAUUCUACCACCACUAUGAAUCAGUCUAGCUUAUUACACUCGUCGGCGCUUUAUAGAGGCAUUUUGAAAGCACGUAGAAGUCAACGUAAGGCAAUAAUCGCCGCCCUAGGCCUCCAGCACAAGUUACAAACUUCGCCUGAAAGGUUUGUUGACAAGCGCCGAUGCAGUACAACUCGGGACCGAGUACCACUAGGCCUAGGCCUAAACCAGGUUCGGACAGUGCAGAAUGGGCUGUGCCUAGGCCUGGUUAACAACCGCGAAAUUAAGGCUACAGAACUGUUAGCUUCUCGCAUUGCUGUGCACCGACAAACAACUGGAAAACUACAAGUAGAACCAGUCUUUGCUUGCCAUGGUCUGGAAUUCCUUGUAGAGCAGGCGCAGCAGCAGCAACUAUUGAGUAGAAAUCGGUCCAGUAGACGAUCAGAAUCUCUACACAAAGAUAUCCGCACCACCUCGCUCAUGUGUCUCACAGAUGGCAUGCACAACAUCUACCCAGCUCAUCUGUGGAAGGAACAAAAUGAUGGAACAAUGGAAAAAGGGAGGGAUAUCAAAGAACUUCCAGCAGUUUUCAUGAUAGAGGAGAGCCAAAUUAAUGCUCUGUUAACAGUAAUUUCUUCAAAUUUCGUAGAAUUUCAGUUGAAAGACAAAUUAUUGAAGUUGGUUAAUGAGAUCCUUCAUGUCGAUCGGCUGAUGCGCAUGAUCGCAAAACCCCACAAUAGAAGUGCAGAUGAUAUAACCUGUAAUGGGAAUAGUAAUUGCGAGAGCGGAAAUGAACUUGGAAUGGAUGAUAAAAAUGACUCUGAUUAUCAUGUCACUCAAGACCAAUCGAGAAUCAAUGACAUCAUCCAGGAAGAAUGGCGUGAGAAUGACAUCAAGAACUGUGGUUACUGGUAUAAUCAUGUUGAUAAUGCGAGACUAAAGAGUGUGCCCCCUAUAGGGCAUGUUUACUUCCGUAGGGGUGUUCCACACCUUACCUCAAAGGAUAUUAAAACUCAAGAUAAAGCAUUGAAUGAUAAACGUCCUAGUAGCGAACAACUACAUCUGAUGUUGGAAAAGCUUACAGAAGAGAUGCCCAGUUUCUUUGAAAAGCAUCAUGACUUUAGCAUUUAUUCAUCAGAUAUAUUAUUUGAAAACAAGAUCUUUCGUCUAAAAACAAGAGGUCUCAUGCCUUACAAAGGGAGCAUCCAAUCUAUGAAAUACUCAAGUUUUGUUUAUUUUGCUGAUGUGCAAAUGGAAGUGUUGAAGAUCACCCUCCAACAGGAGCAUGACAAUAUCCAGGUGCGCUGGCGGGUCAAAGGCGUACCUGUACAUUCUCAUUACGUUAAUAAAAUUUUGCGGAGGAAGUCAAAGUACAGGUACAUAGAUGCAUUUUCAACAUUUUACAUAGGACAGGAUGGUUUAAUUUACCGGCAUGUGCUUGAUAAGGUAAUGCCUAGUCCUGAGGAGAAAGCACAGGCCAUGAGCUGGGUACAGCGACUAGCUCUGAGUUUAGGUCUAGUAAGGUCGCCCUCUCUAGCAGGAGAUUGGAACAGUAAUACUAAGUGACCUUCUGCAGACAGAUACCCGUUCAAUAGGUCAUAAGGUUACAUCAUAUAAAUCCCAAUCUCAUUAUCUUUCCAUGACAUAGCACUAAGGUAACAUUAAUUACAAAAAUAUAUUAUUUAAUACUGGUAAUUCAUAGAGUGCAAUUAAUUCAGGGCUAUUAGUUGGUGAUUGUUAACAAUUUGCAUAAUAUACUCCGUUAAGUAUCAAUUUUAUUCUCAAUAAAGUAGAUAAAACAGUUCCAGAAUCCUAGAAACAAAAGCAGUAAGGAGCUAUUGUAAUAAUGAAAAUUCCAUAGAAAAGGGAUUGUGUACUUCCCAUGAUAGAUCAUUGUGCUAAGCCUGCCCCAGUGUAGAGGAUACCCAACUCUUUGUGAGCAUAUACUAUAAUGGUGCAGCUAUUAGUCAUUUCAUUGGUGUUCAACAAGUACGCACCCAUCCUGAUAUGUAUGUAUUACAUGAUUCUAUAUGUUGAUGUGCACGUAAUAGCAGUUCUGAAUGUAUCUGGUCAACAACAGCAGAAGUAAAUGCAAAUUGAGUGACUAGUGAACAAAAUUGAACACCCUAAAUAAUGAUUUUUAAGCUUCUAUAGUUUUAUGAGACAAAUACCUGCGAUUUGCAAUAUGGGUGUGAUAUGACAACAUCAUGCCAAAUAAUUGAAGAAAUCACACAGAAUUUUCAAAUAAAAUUUUACCUACACUGAAAUACACACAUAUUACAAUCUAAUUAAAUAUAUACUAUGUAGAAAAGGAAGAGGUAGGAGAAUAACCCCAUAAUUUGCUGCGCCAUUGUGCUGAAUUGCGUAUACAGGUGGGCUUGGUCGGUGAUUACUAUAGCAGCUGUAAAAGUGGUGCUUAGUAACUUCAUAUCAUUCCAUGACAGGGCCUGAAAUGAAUCAUAACAUCGGGGAAAGACCAUUCUCUCCUGAAAUAUGGAAUUUUAAGUCCUUAUCCGAACUUGGUUCUACUAGCUGAACCCUGGGCAAUGAGAAACAGUGCUGAUGUUAGGGCUGUAGUUAGCGAUGCCUCGGACUUUUUUUUCUCAGCCACUCAACUUGCCCAAAAUUGCUUUCAGUUUUUAAAGUACAGUAAAAUAAUUGUUCAAAUGAUGAAAAUUUUAAAUAUUGUUUGAACUAUAUAACCCUCUUUUGUUGCCAUCUCUAUCAUAUAUUUUGUUCUUAUAUCAUAACAUGAGGAAGUUUUGUUAACCAAAGGUUUGUUUUUUUAUUACAUAACAUCUUAAGAUAUGAUUUUCUUUAGAGCAUUGUUUAUUAAAUUAUGGAAAAUAUCUACAAAUUUGUAAUGGUAAAGCUAUCAAAAAUACAAUAUUCAUAAAAUCUCAGACAAAAUGUUCAAAUUUGAAAUGUUAUUAUGUUAAAUAAUAUUAUGGUAUAAUGCAUAUUUAGGAUAGUUUACUAAAGGUGGAAAAUACGCUGUAGAUGUUCUAAGCCAUGUAAACAAAUUGUUGAUCGCCAUCUCCCUACUUCAGCAAGAGGUGACUUAUUACAUAUUUAUAUUUUAAACCCUUUGACAAUUGCUUAAAAAUGAAAAGGAGAGUACAUGUUCAAGGUAUCAAUAACUAUACAAGCAGUUUUGUAUAAAGGAUGAUCAACGAUUUUUACAUUGUCUAAUACUGUACUACAAAGAGAUGCAGGAUUUUAUUGCAGUGAAAGUGUAUAUCACAUAUUUCCAGACACAAUGAAUAAUUAUAGAAGAGUGUUUAUUUUCAUUUCUAAAUUGAAUUUAAUUAUAUAGUAGAGCAAAGUUUAUUAAAAUGUUCCAUUUACUCAAUAAAA